AUGCCCAGACCUCAAAACUCGGAGAAACGAGGUGGAGGCCACGGUGCCAUGGUAAAGGCCGGAGUACCGUUAUCCAUCUGCGGUAACUCCAAGCAAGCUGAGAACCGCCAACUGCGUACCACUGUGCUCAUCUUGAGCCACACGCGCACAUGGGCGCUCAUGAUUACAGUCACACUCGAGGUUGGAGGUGCCUCUGCCUGCAGGUUAAAUCAGAAAGAUGAAUGCGGCGGCAAGUGGCAGAAGCCGGAUCCUGUCCUCAAAACCUUGGAAUGCUAUGGACCGUGUGCCAUGCGCCGUACUGUAGGCUGCCGAGAUCAACCCCAGUCGACAUGGCCGGCCAUCAUGGGCAAAGUCUGGGCUCGCACUGGGACGUUCGCCAAUCUCUUGAUGGUGACUGGUCGCAACAACAAGCACGUAGCACGUCAGUCACUAUCUGGCCUUGAUGAAACUUUGCAUGGUGGUCAACCACCUUAA